AUGGCAGCUCUUCGUCCAGUUAAAAAAGAUGCAGGAAGAACCAGUUUUAAUCCUAAGCUUGAUGGUUCAGAACUCAAAUAUAAUGACAUCACGUUUCCAAUUCCAUUUGAGGAUAUUCCGAAAUUUGAGAAAAUGAACGGUUUAAGUAUAAAUGUGUACGGAUUAGAGUCUGCUCAAUACAAACUAGACUUAAAGACUGGAGCACUCUAUACUUCAGAAGAAAAAAAGACCAUAGGAUAUUUUUCUGAAAGUCAAUUUCUGCAAAUUGAAGAAGCUUAUCUUGCAGCUCUCGAUUAUUUAAAUUCAAAGUUGCAUACUUUUGUCUCAAAUGUUGCGGUAGAAGCUAAACAACCGACGCAAGAAAACGUUAAUCAGCAAAAUUAUACUAUUCCCAAAUUACCUAAAAUUACGUUGCCUGAAUUUUUAGGCAAUUAUGUUGACUGGGAAAAUUUUCGUGAUCUGUUUGAGGCGUUAAUUGUUAAUAAUAUGUCUUUAUCUAAUGUGUCACGUUUACACUAUCUGAAAUCUUUGUUAGUAGGUGAUGCUAGUCAUGUCGUUAAACAUAUGACAGUGACCGAUGCGAAUUUCACGACUGCUUGGGAGACAAUUAAAAUUCGCUACGAUAAUAAACGGGCUCUAAUCAAUGCUCAUUUGCAAGCAAUCGCGACUAUACCGAAUGUCUCUAACAAUUCUAUGGUGGAAUUAAGGGCGUUACGUGAUUCUACAAAAUGA